UCCCUUUUCACCGUAUGAGCACUGAUAUGGCAGAUGAGCAGAGGAAUAAACAAGCCGUUGAGAUUAAUGACGACUGGCCAGGUUACAGUGUAGAGUUGUUCAAUUAUCCUGAGCAUUAUCAAGGUGACCUGGAGUGUGUGUACAUUCCUCAUGGAGUCAUCAUGAACAGGAUUGAGUGUCUGGCCAGAGACAUUCUUGAAGACAUUGGACAUGGUGACAUGAUGGUCCUGUGCGUUCUGAAGGGAGGAUAUAAAUUCUGUUGUGACCUGGUGGAGUCCAUCAAAGCUCAGAGCCACAGCACUAACAGAAGUCUGACCACCAGAGUUGAGUUCAUCCGCUUUAAGAGCUAUAUGAAUGAUCAAUCUACUGAAGACCUGCAAAUUAUUGGACCCGAGGACCUCUCUGUGCUGAAAGGAAAGAAUGUCUUGGUUGUCGAGGCAAUAGUGGACACAGGGAAGACCAUGAGAGCUCUUCUACAGCAUGUGAACUCCUUCCAACCCAAGCUGGUCAAAGUUGCAGGGCUUCUGGUGAAGCGACUUCCUCAAAUGGCUGCAACUCUCCCGGACUAUGUUGGAUUUAUCAUUCCCAAUCGCUUUGUGGUGGGUUACGCUCUGGACUACAAUGAAUACUUCAGAGACCUCAACCACAUCUGCGUCAUCAGUGAGAUGGGGAAACAGAAAUAUAAAGUGUGAUAAACUCCUCUUUUUGAGAGGAAUUGCCGUUAUGAAUGUAUACCUUAUUCUAACACAAGAGGAUGUGUUUGCAUAUGUGAGAUGGGAUUUCUGGAACAGAUGCUGAAUUAUCUCUGAUGUAUUAUAUAAUGGCUUUUGUAGCAAUGGAUAGUCAUUGCGGUACUGACACGUGACAUGAUGCAGAAAGUAGAAUUACUGUUCAGUUUUACAUUCUCUACCACUUUCUGGGACCCAGCAAUUCACUUUUGUCAUGCCACUGUUAUGUCCUUUUAACUCAUUAAAAUCUAAAGCGAAAGUUCACCUAAAAUGAAACAUAAUAAUGAUUUCACACACAAACAUUGGUAAGUCACCUUUAAAUUUAACUGUAUGAACUUUCUGACUUUUGUGUUGCUCUAAAGAAAGUCAUACAGAUUUGGAACAAUGCGAGUAAAAUAAAAAGGCAUCUAAAUAAAGAACAUCUGAACAGC